CGUAGUGAGUAACGGUGGAUUACGCAAACAGCUCGCCAAAUGCCAUGAAACGCGUUGCUGGAUGUUAAAGAGAGCAAAAAUAAAAAAAUAAAAGCAACAAUGUAGAAUUCUUUUUUAAUUAAUUUUUAACUGAAUGUCCAUGCAGCUAAUACUAUGGGAAAUAAAAUCACGAAUUCACCUUGAAGGGCAUCAGUUUUAUACGAAGACACGACGACACAGUCAAACUUGUAACCGAACAUAUCAGUGAAACAGAAUAUCAACAAAAAUAUCAGAAAGUUAAAUUACAAUUAAAAGCUUCAAGUAGAGUUACUAAUCAUUAACAGAACGCUCCAUUUCCUCUGACAAAAUGUUUUGGAUAUUACGACGCACCGGUGCAGCGAAUUUCUUCAAUUCGCUAAACAACAAUUGCAGCUCGUCGAAGGGCGGAAGUAGUUCGGGCACACAAGAUAAAUAUGUGAAGCGACCUCCGCGCAAAGCUUACGGGCGGCUUAGUGCCGAUUCGGACGAUGCCAGUUCACAGCAAAAGCACAAAAUCGAUGAUCCCUUUGACGAAUUUGAUAAUUUCAAAAUAAUAACUUCGGGCAGUGGAUGUAAUGAUGGCAAUGGCAAUGUCAACGGCAAUGGCAGCGCCACAUGCCAACAUGUGCACUCAGGGGUGAGCGAUGGCGGGGGUGGAGGAGGCGGCCGCGCUGGCGCAGCUGCUAUUAAUGGCUCCAUGCCUCCUUGUACACUGCCCGAUUGUCAGGGAAAUUUCGUUAAUGAAGGCAUGUGCCACCUAAAUGAUGCGACGGGCUGCGCGGGCGGCGGUGGCGCAUCGAAACCGAACUCAUCCGCAAUGCAGAGGCACAAGGAAGUCAAUGAGAACACCAUUAACCGACUGCAAGCGAUGGCGAUGUCAGAUGAUGAUGAUUACGAUGAAUCUCUGACAUGCAAUGUUUGUGAUAGAGCUUUCCAUUGUCAUAGGCAAUUGGCUUCGCAUCAGCAGAAGAAACGUCAUUUCGGUUGCAACGCAUGCGAUAGUCUCUUUCCAUCACUAAUGAUACUCGAGCAUCACAAAGAGGAGUUUGAACACUGGAGCGACGACGAAAUCAGUCGGCAGGUUUGCUGUCGACGAAAUCGGGGUGACGAUUACUUUACUGAUACCGACUCCUUCACCAGUGAGGCGGAGAGCGAGGAUAUGGAGAGGUUAUUGUAAAUCGAGUCGAAGAAUUGAGCUGAAAGGACUACUAUAUAUAGGGAUGAAUGACAGACAUUUUACAAAAAAAAAUACAAAAAGUAUGUACCAAGGAGCAUCCAUGGCGUAUCCAAGUCUUACAAGAAAAUCGAAAUACGAGAUGACAUUCAAUGCUGUCAAGGCAAUAGAAGAACAAGGAAAGCCGUUCAAAAAAGUCUUUGUGUGAAACCGCUCGUGCGUGCCCGAGUCAACAAGUUGAUUAAACCAACAUAUGCUAUAUGUUUUUAUAUCCCAAAAGUCCACAACCUUUGACUGCAAGCGCUCUUUUCAAGUGUGCACAACAUCAAAAGCAAAUAUCUAAGCAAAUUAUAGCCAAUGGAAACAAAUAAGUGAACAUUACUGUACAAUAAUCGAGUACGCAAUUGUGUGUGAACAAGGGUGGUAGCAUAGCGGUACUUCAUCGGAGUAAAUGUAUAGUAUAAGUUAAGUUUAAAGUUAAGAGACCAUCCUCCGCAUUAAAAAAUAAGAUUAGUUUAAUAUAUUGUAAAUAAAACGAGUCUAGGUAGAGAAGAUUCCCAUGCAAGAACACGCCUACAAAUGUAAUUAUUAUACCUGUAAAACCAGUGUGUAAAGCUAACUCAUAUCGGCUUGUAUGACUUUUUAUUUCUAUGUAAUUUGAAUAUUUGUGGGUAUUCAAGAAUAUGAUAUAAUGUUACACACAGUUAGUUUGAUUUGCGAAGAGAGGUUUUGAUGCGGCUCUAAGAUGUUGAAUUUUGCGGCACUAAAGGCACAGGAGGCAUGUGCUUUGCGUAUCUUCCGACGGACUAAGGGAAACUUGAUAUUCCUAAAACUGGAUAACUGAUCAACCAUCGCUACAAAUAUGAAUACUACUAUCUUUUUACCUACCUCACAGUCAGUUUUGGAUUCAUUGGUAGCGAUCCUCAAAGCUAAUUGUGCUCGGACUCGGAAUUCAUCCAACAUCAACAAGUUUUCUUUUGUUUCAACCCAAAGCAAUUCAAAAACAUAAGCGCAGUCACAUGAGUUUUUCGAGCAAGAUGUUUUUUGUGGGAAAUGCGAACAUCGGAGGCCGAUCACUGCCCCACAUCAAGCGAAAGUAUUUUUAAGCUUACACUAGGUCGAGGAACAGCUUGGCAGUGGCAUGCAGAACAGUUUUGACUGCGUUCUUAUGUAUGUAUUUGUAAAUACUUAUUGAACAUGUGUGAGUCACACUACACGAGUUGCACUCGGCCCUUUGUAAGUGUGUUUGUAUUAAAGUUGUAUGUACUUUUGUAAUAGAUAUUGCAAAUAAUACUCGUACUCGUAUAAAUGUAUCAGCAUGAAUUGCAACUGAUUUGCUUUGAUUUUAUAUGCGUCUGUCUGUCCAAGUGUGUAUAUAGAGGCAAAUAGAAUUUGUAUUGUUUAUAUAUAUGUUUCAGGCAUGUGUGCAGUCGUUUUAAUAAAAUAUCAUUUAUCAUUUAGUGAUAGUAUACGAGUUUAGUAUGUAUUUCUAUAUAUGUAUAGUAUGUGUGUAAAUGAAAAUGAAUUUUGAUGUUUACUUAAAUGAAACUUCUGUACUCAAAUUUACCACAGAUGUAUAGACACAUGACAUAAACGAAAAUAAAUUCAUUUAUUUAUCUUGGA